AUGGCUUACAGUGCUUAUACCGGGGCGGCUUGUACCAGUGCACCGAAUCACACGAUAACGCGACUCAACAACCAGCCAUGUUCUGCCGCCGUUCGCGCCGCCGCCUCCCCGCCUACCGCCUUUCCCCGCCACACCGCGCUUCCGCUCGCUCUCCCCUCCUCUCCUUCGCGCCAUGAUACGGGCCGUGUUCCGCGGCGAGAUUUGCGCCUCGUCUCGCUCUCGGGUUCAAGGAGUGGGACUGUGCGAUCCCGCUCUAAUGUUCCUCGAAACGGCCGCGUGAUAUUCCUCAGCGCGCCCCGGAAUUUACGCUGCCUAAAGUUUAGAGCGACUAGCAGCUGUCGCCACUGGCGCUUCGCGGACGCGCUUGUAACAAGUUCCGUCGCGCGGGGGAAAGCGCUGCCAAUCCGCGCGGAGGACGCGCGGGCGGAGAGACUUGCGGGGAACGCGGAGAAGGACCCGCGCGGGGAUGCGGAGGAGGGCGCGGGGGGAGCGCUGCGGAGAGACAUGUUUCCGCCCGGGUUCCUGUUUGGCACCGCCACUGCCGCAUACCAGGUGCGGGGGUCAGGGGAAAGCAUGGGGGGGAAGAGGAGGGGGCGCAGGCAACGGGGGAGUAGUGGGGGAAGGAGAGGGAAGGAGGGAGGGCGGAAGGGCAUGAGGCCAGACGUGUUGGUGGAGGGGGCAGCGCGGGAAGGAGGGCGAGGAGCCAGCAUCUGGGACGUGUUCGCCCACACGCCAGGAAGGACACACAACGGUGACACGGGUGACGUGGCGUGCGAUCAAUACCACCGAUACGAGGAGGACGUGGCACUGAUGAGGCAUUUGGGCUUCUCAGCCUACUGCUUCUCCAUCAGCUGGUCGCGCAUCCUCCCGUCGGGGCGGCAGCCAGUGAACCAGGAGGGUGUGGAGUAUUACAACCGCCUCAUCGACUGCUUGCUCCGUAAUGGCAUCACGCCGUGUGUGACGCUCUUCCACUGGGACCUGCCGCAGGCACUGGAGGAGGAGUUUGGCGGAUUCAGAGGCGAGGCCAUCGUUGGUGCAUUCAGGGACUAUGCACGACUGUGCUUCUCCCUGUUCGGCGACAGAGUGCCCUACUGGAUCACCUUCAACGAGCCCUACACCUUCGCCACCAAGGGCUACGCCGUGGGAGACUUUGCGCCCGGGCGCUGCUCCGACCGGCAGUGCUGUGCGGAGGGCGAUGGGGCGGUGGAGCCGUAUGUGGUGGUGCACCACAUGCUGCUGGGGCACGCUGCUGCUGUUGACUGUUAUAGGAGGGAAUUCGAGCCACACCAGGGGGGGCAAAUCGGCAUUGCGGUGGACAGCGAAUGGGCGGAGCCUUUCUCUCAGCACCCAGAUGACGUGGCAGCUGCUGAUAGGCGCAUGCAGUUCAACCUCGGAUGGCUGCUGCACCCCAUAUUCUUUGGCGCCUACCCACCUGCCAUGCGCCACUACGUGGGCCCCCGCCUGCCCUCCUUCUCCCCCUUACAAGCUGCCUCGCUUAAAGGCAGUGUGGACUUUGUGGGGCUCAACCACUACACGUCCAGAUACAUUGCACAUGCAGAUGCGCGGGAGGGGGGCGAGAAAGGCAGGCUGUGGAGCUACUUUGAUGAUCAGCAUGUUACUGUUCAUGUUGAACGUGAUGGCCGCCUGAUUGGCCAGCAGGCGGCGUCCCCAUGGCUGUACGAGGUGCCGUGGGGCUUCCAGAAGCUGCUCAUGCACAUCACCACCACAUACGGGGCACCACCCAUCUACAUCACAGAGAAUGACCUAGAUGAGGAGGACGACCCGUCGCUGCCCCUCCACCUGGCCACCAGUGACCCGCACCGCAUCCGCUACUACAAAGCGUACCUCUCGCACCUGCUUGAGGCAAUUAGGCAAGGGGCGGAUGUGCGGGGGUACAUGGCAUGGUCGUGGAUGGACAACUUCGAGUGGCAGAUGGGGUACUCGCGCCGCUUCGGCAUUGUGCAUGUCGACCGCUCUAAUGGGUUUAAGAGAACACCCAAGGCGUCUGCGCUUUGGUGGCAGCGGCUUCUAUCAAGGAUGGCUGUGUAUGAGUCAUAG